UCGGAAGAACUUGAUUGAGAGGGAAGAAUCGGUCACGUUCUUGGAGGAAAAUAGAUCACAGCACCACGUUUCUCGGCCAUGGAUUGCCUUGUGGUUUCUCCUUACGACCUAGUCGCUACUCCCAACUCUGUCGUCUCCGAUUUCAUUUUAGGAGAGUUAUUGUAAUUCAUCGCAUUGGUAAGGAUGAGGGGAGCUGUGCUCGUUGCAACCGCUGCUGCAAUAGGGAACAUGUUGCAAGGUUGGGAUAACGCGACAAUUGCAGGAGCUGUUAUGUACAUCAAGAAGGAAUUCAAAUUGGAAGGUGAUCCUACAACUGAAGGGCUAAUCGUGGCCAUGUCACUAAUUGGAGCUACAGUUAUUACAACAUUCUCGGGACCCUUAUCCGAUUCAAUCGGACGGCGUCCUAUGAUGAUAAUGUCCUCGAUUCUUUAUUUCGCCAGUGGUCUUGUUAUGUUCUGGGCACCUGAUGUUCAUAUCCUGUUAUUAGCUAGGCUUUUAGAUGGGUUUGGAAUCGGGCUUGCUGUUACCCUGGUUCCUGUCUAUAUUUCUGAAACUGCUCCAGCUGAGAUUCGGGGGCUGUUAAACACCCUACCUCAGUUCACUGGUUCUAUUGGAAUGUUUUUGUCAUACUGUAUGGUUUUUGGAAUGUCCUUGACGAAAUCACCUAGCUGGAGAAUGAUGCUUGGGAUCCUCUUUAUGCCAUCUCUAGUUUACCUUGCUUUAACAUUACUGUUUCUCCCUGAAUCUCCACGUUGGCUUGUCAGCAAAGGCCGAAUGAACGAGGCCAAGAAAGUUCUGCAGGCACUACGUGGGAGGGAGGAUGUUGCAGGGGAGCUAGCCCUGCUGGUCGAGGGUCUGGGUUCAAGUGGAGACACGUCCGUAGAAGAGUACAUAAUUGGCCCAGCAUCUGGAGAAUCGAGUACGAGAAAGGGUCAGAUCAGGUUAUAUGGACCUGAGGGAGGCCAGUCUUUGAUUGCCAAACCUGUUACUGGACAGAGUACAUUUGGCAUAGUAUCCCGCCAUGGUAGCAUUGUUAAUCAGAGUAUGCCAUUGAUAGAUCCUGUGGUAACUCUCUUUGGCAGUGUCCAUGAGAAGGUUCCUGGUGAGACAGGAAGUAUGCGCAGCAUGCUUCUUCCAAAUUUUGGAAGCAUGCUCAAUAAUAUGGCGGGCGAUCAGCAAGGGAAAGAGGAUCACUGGGAUAUGGAAAGCCAGAAGGAAGGUGAUGGUGAUGCAUCUGAUCCAGAAGCUGAUUAUGAGGAGACUUUGAAGAGCCCAUUGCUCUCACGUCAGACGUCAACCACGGUAGACAAGGAUGUCGUCUCAAGGAGAGGCAGCAGCAUCAUGAUGCGACCAAAUGCUGCUGGUGAGACCGUAAGUGCUACUGGAAUUGGUGGUGGCUGGCAACUGAUGUGGAAAAGAACCGAGCGAGUUGAUGGAACUGGGAAAAAAGAAGAGGGAUAUCAAAGGAUAUACUUGCAUCAAGAUGGCGCAGAUGCGCAUCAGCAUGGAUCUGCUCUUUCUGUUCCUGGAGGUGAAAUGCAGGGAGAGGGAGAAUAUAUUCAAGCAGCUGGUCUGGUCAGCCAAUCUGCACUACGAAUUGGCAGUUUUCCUAUCGGAUCAGAAGUCAUGCGUCCAACUGAAAAGGCCACUAAAGGGCCAUCGUGGAAAGAGAUCUUCGAGCCAGGCGUCAAACGUGCACUGUUUGUUGGGAUGGGAAUUCAGAUUCUUCAGCAGUUUUCAGGGAUAAAUGGUGUACUUUAUUACACACCUCAGAUUCUAGAACAGGCAGGAGUCGGAGUGCUUCUGUCCAAUCUGGGCCUUGGUUCAGCCUCUGCAUCACUGCUCAUUAGUGCUCUGACUACAUUUCUGAUGCUUCCUUCCAUAGGCAUUGCCAUGAGGCUGAUGGACGUAGCUGGUAGAAGGUCUCUUCUGCUAUCUACCAUUCCUGUACUUGUAAUAUCACUGAUCGUGCUUGUCAUUGGUAGCUUGGUGAACAUGGGUUCUGUUGCCAAUGCAACAAUCUCAACCAUCAGUGUUGUAGCUUACUUCUGUUGCUUUGUCAUGGGCUUUGGUCCAGUCCCCAACAUCCUCUGCUCCGAGAUCUUUCCAACUCGAGUUCGAGGCCUUUGCAUUGCUAUAUGUGCCCUCACAUUCUGGAUCGGAGACAUCAUCGUCACCUACUCACUUCCAGUUAUGCUCACUUCCAUCGGACUCGGCGGGGUGUUCGGUGCCUAUGCCAUUAUAUGCAUCAUUUCCUGGAUAUUCGUCUUCCUCAAAGUUCCCGAGACCAAGGGCAUGCCCCUGGAGGUGAUCUCUGACUUCUUUGCAGUGGGAGCCAAACAGCCCGAUGCUGCAGAUCUUUGACUUGACAUCAGAUUUUGGUUGUAUCAGAUUUCAUAAUGAGAUACUCAUUCUUCAUAUUCAGCAUAUGUUCAGUUUGCUUA